AUGCGCUUCGCAAUCGCUCUCUCCACUCUGUCCCUCCUCACUAUCGCCUCCGCCAAUGUCGAACUCGGCAGCAUUCCCUUCAACAAGCUCUUCGCCCGCGCUGACGUGACGUGCGAAUCCGGCGACGUAGCUUGCGGCGACACCUGCAUCCCUGAGUCCUACACCUGCUGCCCCGACAAGCUCGGUGGCUGCCAGGCCGACGAGGAGUGCCAGAUGGGCGAGAACGAUGAGUACGGCUGUUGCCCUGAGGGCGAGAUCUGCAGCGGCGACGGCGGCGCCGAGUUCAUCGAUGAGAAGGCAUCCAGCAGCAGCGGGACCAGCGGUUCCGCCAAGGGCACCGACAGCAGCGACAGUGGUGCUUCGAGCGUCCAGAUCGGCAGCGUGGUCAUCGCUGUUGCGGCCGCCGCUGCACUGCUAUAG